GAGGGUGGCGAUGAUGCAAAUCAGGAGACAGCGAACAUGGCCUCGGUCGCGGCAGCUGCCUCGGGCCUACCCCCCAAAGACCCUCUCAACCUCUCUAAUGAUGAAUUCUACGCCAUCCGCUCCGGUGGCCUCUUUGGAAACCUUGCUCGUUGUGGUCCGCUUCAACACAGUACACCCGCUGUUGAGCUUUGGCCACCCUUCUUUCCCACUUACAACACUCCUUCCCGUCUCAGGCAAUUUCACCGUGUGCCCCUCAAGCAGUACACCCGUGGAAUGAUGUCUCAGUUCAGCACACCCAUUUCUGUGAACAACCUUACGAGGAUAAUUCAGAGGAAAUCAAAGGAACGCGAGGAAGAGAAAAUGGCCGCUGGGGGCGGCGAUAUUUUCUUCAUGCGAACACCCCAAGAUCUCUCCGGCUUCGAUGGGGAAGUGGUUCUCUUUGAGUAUUCCGAGGAAUUUCCACCACUUAUGAAUCAGAUUGGCAUGGCGACACGGCUAGUAAAUUACUACAGACCUCUGCUGCCGAAAGAUCCUUCUCUCUCUCCAGACCCGGCAGGCAAUAGUUCACCUCCAGACCUCCCCUAUGGUUCACUAGUCAAUGUGGGGAACACUGAUUCACCAUUCUUGGGUGUUGUUCGUCCAGGCGGAUGCCUCCAGAGCAUGGAGAACAACAUGUUCCGAGCGCCAAUCUAUCCUCACAAGACACCAUCGACAGAUUUUUUGGUGAUUCGCAACCGCAAUGGCCUGUGGAUUCGGCGGGUGCCGAACGCCUUUACAGUGGGUCAGGAGGUUCCGCUGAUGGAAGUACCGGGACCUAACUCAAAGCGUGCCAAUAACUUCGCGCGUGACUUCCUUCAGGUUUACAUCCUUCGUCUAUUCCUCAAGAGUACCGAUGAGCCAAAACGGAUCAAGAUGGAAGAAAUCCGCUCGGCUUUCCCCAACCACUCCGAAAGCAGUGUCCGCAAACGCCUUAAAAUUUGCGCUGAUUUCAAGAGAACCGACUCCAUGAUGGAUUCUGCUGCCACUUUCUAA